AUGUACGUGCACGGUUUUGCACUGAUAUCACUCAUUUGCUCCGAAUGCAUUUUUGUGCUCAGAACAUGUGCGCUUUGGAACAACAACCGGAUCUUACGCGUAGUCGUGCUGACCACUGUUUCUGCUGUUAUUACAAUAUCCGCCGGCCUUCGUUUUACGGCACUAGCCCUCUCAUAUGUCGCGACCAGCGUGAUCCCAGGCAUCACAGGCUGUUACUUGAGCUUGGGCGGUGUCUGGUAUUCCAUGUCAUUUGUUCUCUUGCUUAUAUCUCAAUCGGGACUGUUCUCCCUCACACUCAUACAUGUCAUACAGAGCUGGCGUACAGCCAAGGGACAUCUGUACUCUAUCCUGGUCAAGCAUAACAUGUUCUACUAUGCAUGCGGUCUCCUUCUCUCGGCCAUGAAUGUGCUCAUACCGUUGCUAUUUUCCGAUGUGCGUCAAUCUCGAAAUAUCCUUCAAUAUGAUCGAGCCAUUGAUGUUACGCACGCCCAGUCCUUAUUUCACUCCUUUGAAGAUUUGGAAGUCUGUGUCCUUGCGAUCAUCGCUACGCGCAUGCACCUCCAUCUCUGGCAUGACGACCAGCACGUGAAUAGCUCUGGUUUACAGACAGUCCUAUCAAAUACUUGCAUAUUCGUCGGAGCGGAGCCCGAGGUGACCGAGCCUUGA